AUGGGUAAAUUUACUGGCACUGAGCCAACUACGAUAAAUACUGCAUCCCUCCUAAUUUCUUCUCUGUUAGUGAAGGGUCAAUGUAUAAGUGAUCUCUGGAAGUUAGAUGUUUUGGGUAUUAGUGAACCUUCCGUAAGUAAAACCAAAACUCAGUUACAGGAGGAUACGCAAAAAUAUUUUGAAGAGACUCUUACGGUAAAUUCAGAGGGAAGAGCGGUUGUUAAAGAAAAUAGUAGCACGAGUAUAAGACCAGUGUUUAAUGCAAGUUCUCAUUCGCCUGGUUACCCAUCAUUGAACGAUUGUUUAUCUACUGGACCAAAUUUAAUUGAAAUUAUACCUUCGAUUCUUAAUCGGUUUCGCAAGAAUUACGUUGGUGUCACUUCAGAUAUAGAAAGAGCGUUCUUGCAAAUAUCUAUAAGGGAAAAAGAUCGAGACUUUUUGAGAUUUAUGUGGUUCAGUAGGGAUAAUCAAGAACAAGUUGAACUGUAUCGGCAUGGAAGGGUAGUUUUUGGUAUUACGUGUAGUCCAUUCUGGAAAUCCAAUAUAAGAAGUGUUGUGCCAGAGGAAGAUUCCUCCACGGAAGGAGAUGUGUCUGUUUUGGGCCUUGUAUGGCAUACAGUUACAGAUACCUUAUCUUGCAAAAUAAGUCAAGAUAUAAAAUUGGAUGACCCAGUUACUAAAAGACUAGUUUUAGCAGUAGCUCAUCAGGUGUUUGACGUUAUAGGGUAUACGGCUCCUGUAAUGUUGAUUCCAAAACUAAUUUUACAGGAAACUUGGAAUUUAAGGCUUAAAUGGGACGAUGUUCUUCCCGAUGAAUUAACCAAAAAGUUUAGGUUUUGGCUUAAAAAGUUGUACUUGCUAUCCAGUAUCCAAAUACCUAGAUGGGUAGGUCUCAAAUCUAUUAAUGAAGCUGUGAGUAUACAUCUCUUUUGUGACAGUAGUAAAAGUCGUGCUUCUCUUGGUUAUGAAGAGUUACUCACCGUCUUGUGUGAUUGUGAAAGAAUUGUCAACUCAAGACCACUUACGUACGUGUCUGACGAUAUUGAAGAUCCCUUGCCUUUAACUCCAGAAAAAUUUCUGCAUGAAACUCCACAGUCGGGUGUACCUGAUAUUGACAAUGUGGACAAAGAAAAAUUGAGUAGGAGAGCAAAACAUGUUUAUUUAAGGAUUUUUAUUUUAACUUCCAUUUUUUUGCAGAUAUUUACUUUUGAAAAAAAGUGUUACACAAGAAAGAAUUUAGCAAGACAUAAAAGAGUAGGGGAUCCUGAUGAAACUUCCCACCGAGGUCAUCCGUUAUGUGAAUUUUGUGAUCAGAGAUACAUUGACUUGGAUGAUCUUUAUCGGCAUCUCAGAAGAGAGCAUUAUUUUUGUCAUUUUUGUGAUGCGGAUGGGAGGCAUCAAUAUUAUAAAGAUUAUGAAUAUUUAAAAGUGCACUUUCGGAAGGAUCAUUAUUUAUGCGAAGAAGGUGAAUGUGCUAAUGAAAAAUUUAUAGGUGCGUUUAGAACUGAAAUUGAUUUAAAAGCUCAUAUUGCCAUACACCACUUCAAAAAUAAAUCAAAAGCAGAAGCAAAGCAAGCUAGAAUGUUGGAAUUUGAAUUCACUUACGCACACAACCGCCCAAGUGGCAGCUCAAGUCCAAGAGGGGGCAGAUAUCCUCAACACAGAAAACGGGUCACAGAGGAAAAUCAGUGCAGGGAUAACAAGGCUCAAGCUCAAGCAGAAACUGAAAAUUUAGACACUCAGUCUACUCAAGAAUUUCCAUACCUAUCUGAAGAUGACAUAGCUAGAAGUGCUGCUACUCUCAGAACUACUAAUGCUAGUACCCAUAUGAAUUCUUUUACUGUACAAUCCUAUGGUCGAAAUUCAUCAGCAGCAGCAAGAAAUGGUAAAAUUUCACCUGAAGAUUUUCCUGCACUGUGUUCUACAACAGUGGCCGUUACAUCCGAGAUGCCCAACAGUCAAGGCAGAAAAAUUAAUUUGAGUAUUAAUAGACAAAAUAAUGUUCCAAUGCGAACAUCUAAUGUAUCAAUUCAGUUAUCGCAAACAAGUACGCCUUUGCAUAGUUCAUUUCGAGAUAGAAAACCCAUUGAUGAUGUUCAGAACUCAAGUGAUAAAAGCAAAAGUCAAGUGCCAAAAUGGAUACCAAAGAAAGAAAAUUCCAACUUUGAAAAUGAAUUUCCAAAACUUGAAGUUAGGAGAACUCAGCCUGAAACCAUUACUCCAAUCAAUACUUCCAUAACUACAACAGUACUAAAUCAGGUUUCUCAUCCCACAUCUAGUGCAAUUGAACCCAAUAAACCCAUUCUUGGUGAACAGUUUGUUGUUAUUAAAAGCAAAUCCAAGAAGAAGAAACAAAAUAAGGGAUUUGCAAUGGAUAAUAAAAUUAAUGGUGUAAGAGAAGAGAUGGACCAAGCUGAAUUAAAUCCUUAUUCGUUUCCAUAUCUAAACAAAAAACAAAGUGAUGACAAGCCAGAUCCUUUUAAGAAAAACUUGCUACACUCGGAUGCAUCUGUAAGAUCUCAUUAUGUGGAAGAUAAUCCAUGGGAGCAGAAGGUAUCAUUUGCUCCAGAUGAUUUUCCACCUUUGGCACCAAGUGAGCCAAUUAAACAGCCACCAGGAUUUAAUGCUCCCAGAAAAAGAACUCCACCAGGCUUUAAUGUUAAUGCAAAUGCAGCUUUUAACUCUGAACCUUUGAACAUAUCUUUAAGUUCAAUUGCAAGACAGUUAGUAAUACCAAAGCAGGUAAAAAUGAAUGGUAUAUCACCUGAUCUACACGAAAUCUCUUAUUACCGCCCAGAAGAUUAUGUAAAGCGUAAUGACACAAUAACAAAACGCAUAGAGGAACUUCUAAGUGAUCAGAAAACUUUAUUUAAUGAAUUUAAAGUGCUUUCUGGAAAAUUCAGACAAAACAUUAUAUCAGCUGCAGAAUAUUAUCCUAAGUGCCUAGAAAUUCUAGGAGAAAAAGGUUUCAUAGAAAUCUUUCCUGAAUUGGUUGUAUUAUUACCAGAUAUAAAGAAGCAACAAGAAUUACUUACCGUCCAUAAAAAUUUUCUGAAAAGUCUUAGUAAUGGCGAUGUGAUUUCCAAAAGCAAUAUAAACAAUAUUGUUAUAGUAUGUGAUUUUUGUCAACAAGUGUUAGCCAAACAGGAUUAUAGCAGUCAUGCAGCAAUCCAUGAAGCAAAUUUAAAUUAUUAAUAUUUAGAAAUGCUUUUUGAUGCAGAUAUUUAAUAAAAUUAUUUUUGUUGUAAAAAAUAGCAUUAGUUUUUCUUCUGGAUAAUUUUUAAGAUACUGUAUGAAACGUUUGUACUUAUCAUAUAAACUUUGGCUAUUUUUGAGUAGCCUGGUUUUAAUUUUUUAGGUGAUAUAAAUAUGUGAAAUGUACAAAAUUGUAACAUAAAUAAAGAUAAUUACCAAUUGA